CCUUGCCCCUGCGUGUUUACGGUUAGGGUAGCAGCCGUAAAAUGAGGAGAUAAAACAAGUCAGCUUUGCCUAACAGACUGGAACUUCUUGUAGGUGGUCUAUCGCAGACUGCGAACAUGACAAACGUGUACUCUUUCGAUGGGAUCCUGGUGUUCGGUCUCCUGUUCAUCUGCACCUGUGCAUACCUGAAGAAGGUCCCACGGCUAAAGAACUGGCUACUCUCGGAGAAAAAGGGCAUCUGGGGCGUCUUCUACAAAGGUGCUGUGAUCGGUACGAGGCUUCACCUGGCAGUUGCGCUGUCAUGCGUGUCCAUGGCCUUCUACGUGCUCUUCAUAAAGUGACGGAGGAUGAGACAUGCUUGCGGACACUAUAGAGACAAUGUGCCAGACAAACCUUUAUGGCCAGGGCUGGUGUGUUGGACCAGCACUGCCCUCUGUUGGCGUGGAGGUCCAGACUCUGCACUUUCCCCAUCUGGUGUUCCCUUCAGGCACUAUCAACUACAUCCUGCAAUGACAAAGCAGAGAAAACACAUCAAUGUGCAAUUUACUUUUCAUUUAAUUGUUAAUACUGGAUGAUGAAUUGUAAGGAGAAAUAUAUAUAUUGGGUAAAGGUGAAGGAUGCUGUAGAGACUUUAUGUCCACAAUUAUAGACCAUGUUUUUAGAUUUUUUUUUUUAUUGUUGGUUACCAUUUAAAAAGUGAAUUAACAGUCUUAUUACUAAAGAAGAGCCAAAGGUUGCAUUACAGAAGAACUGUAGAAGUGAAUUUUGUCUCAGCUAGUAGGUGGGUUAUUUUUACAUUUGCUUCAAUGCAGUCUCAAUAAAAGGUUGGGAAAUGUGUCUAAGCUUUUCAGGUUCAUUCAGACCUUGGUUUAAGAGAUUGUCUCAGCAGGAUCCUUUCCAUAGUCCACACAUUUAAUAAAAGAAAGAUGCAAAAGAUCUGCAUAUCUGCCAGAUUUAAGUUUUCUAACAGCUUUAAUUGUUUUUGUGGAAGUCCAUUUAAUAUUAAGAUGAGUGCCUUUGGAUGAGGACCAAUUUAGGAAUAGAUAAAACAGUUUUUAUGUCUAAGUUACAGGGAAGUAAACAGGCUGUUAUAAAAUGCAAGUACAUCAAGCACAAGUUUUUCCUUAUUAUUAUAGCAUUGAUGAUCUGUUAAAAGAUCCGUAGUUGUAAUUGUAGCAUUAAUCUGUAGUCAAUAUCCUGAAUAGCAGAGAUCUGUAAAUAUAAUUUUAAGUGGAGGCAAUUUCUUAAACAGUGGAUGCAAGAACAGUUAUAAUCGUACAGAAGUUAUUACUGCAAAGGUUAAGCAAAAAAUGGAGAGCAUUCAGUUUAUGGAUGUGUGUGAUAUAUCCUUAUCACUCCUCUUAUAUUUUGUUGGAAGUUGCCAUAAUCAUAUCCUUGGUACAUUUAUGCAGGUUUUUUGAUCAAGUAAAGGAUUAAAUCAGAUAUGAUAGUGCUUUAAUGUUGUGAUGUUGUACAAUAGUGAGUCUCCUCGCAUUUAACUGCAAAAAAAUACAAGUUAUAAAAGCAAAUCACAAACCCAAAGCUGUUUUGGAGUACAAAGUGAUUUCAUUUUCUGUUUAUGUGUGUUGUAUUCUUGAAGAAUAAGAUGAAGGAAAAGUAAAACUUCUUUGUAAUCUUAAUGGCCGCUCUUUGUAUGAACACACUGUUUUAUAAGUCAGAGCCGCAGUUUUUAAGCUAUGAAUGGGGCAUGAAAAGGGCUGUGUUCUACAAUUUUCCGUUGGGUCUUACCACCACACUCCUCUAGAUUCUCUGUUGUGGCCAAAGUGUUUGUACAGGGUGGUCAAGAGCAGUUCUGAGCUCCGUUGCUUUCAGCGGGGAGACAUUAUGGGAAACGCUUCACCAUUUAGUGCAUACUGUUUUCAGGGGGUCUUGGACUGGCCUUCUUUCUGUUUCGUUUGUCAACCUGAAUUCAAGAAGCAAUCAAUAUUUGGCAAGCCAUAACUGUUCUUAGACUCCAUCUCACUAGAUAAGGGUGCAAAUAGUUUUAACUCAAAUGUUUUCCUGUAGCUGCUCUUUGCCUGUGUGCUCAGACUUGCAAAGGUUGCAAUCAGGAUCUGCAUGUCAUUAACUCACACAAUACAAACAUCAGCAAGUCCCUGGGGGCUGAAUGCAGGAAUCAUGAUGUGUGAGUGUGAGAGUGUGUGUGUGUGUAGGGGGG